CGAAUGUAAUUAUUUUUUGUUUAGAAUGACCGACUUCAAAAGCAGCAUGUGUCAAAAGACCGCGGACGUGCGGGUAUUAAGCCGGUUUGACGGACAAACCAGGUUACUUGUGUCUGUCCUGUCUGAAAACUCUGGCGCUCAUAAAGGUCUGCGUGUCCUACAAAAACAGCGGCGGUUUAAUAGUCGACCCAGCCUGCACAACCUCCUGGAGACGCUGUGCCGAGAGGACGUGUGGCUAGAAAAUGAAAGCCAACCACUUGAAGUUAAACCCCUGGUGUGCCUGUUGCCAGUGACGUUCAAAUGCAACCUGCUCUCCUUCCUUCACAUGGUGAGCUCCACCCUUCCUCAGAGCCAGGCGCUUUGUGUACUGGAGUGCCUCGAACAGGAGUCUUGUCCAAACCCCUGGGUCACCGCCCUGAUUCGACAGCUGCGAAGAGACCUGGGUGGCCCCGGUGAGGAGCCGCUGUGCACCCCGCAAUGCAGUCAGAGACUUCAAGGGCUCUCUGAGUGUUUAGCAGAUCCUGGCCAAACGAGAGGAUGGGCGAAGUGCUUCAGUGGUCCAAAAGAUGCAAGUCCGUCUGGGCAUCCAUCAGAGACCUCAGAUGCGGGGACCCAGAGGAAAAGGAGAACUAGCGUUAUGACUCUUGACUCGGAUGACGAGGAAAUUGGACAGGAUAGAAAACGUCUGAAGAUGGAUGUCUCACCCAUGGAGGGGGUCUGUGAUAGUGAGGGUCCACAGUUGGAGAGAAAAUGUGUGAGAGAGGAGACACCGGAAAGAAAUGAUUUCCCCACAGAUAAAACCUCUGCUGAACUACUAGAGCCAGCAACGGACAAUACGUGUGAAUCCUUACCUGAACAUAUAAAGGCUUCUAUCCCUCAAAUCAAAGAGCUGCUGGAGAGCUUUUCAGAGUGGGAUCAAAGCCCCACAGAUGUAUUGAAGGUGCUGAAUGAAUGUGACCCCAAUCAAGCCAAGGUGUUGUGCGGCCUGCUGAACUUGCCUGACACACCAGAGCAGACCUUGCCUAAACUCUGUAGUUGUCUUUUGGCACUCUCCCCUGACCUCAGCCACAGUACAGCAGUAACACUCAUUAAGAGCCUCCUACUGAGAAAGGUCAUAUCCCUCUCAGAGUCGGCUUCAAGAUGCCUCGUCACAGCAGUGACAUCACUCUGUAGUCGCUACCCCAGACCAACCUGCUGUGCCCUCAUCAGACCUGCUUUGGAGGAGAACGACCUUGGGAAUCCUCAAGCUGAACUGCUGAACAGACUGAUAGACUGUCUGGAACCCCACUACAGGCUGCUGGUGUUUCAAAUGACUUUUGGAAUUGUAUGGACUGAGCCUGUGCUCUCCGUCGUUCACAGCUUGUUAGACUCCAAGCUUGAGUUGAAUGAAGACAUUUUCAAAAACUUCACCAAGCAACUCAUCAGCCAGGCUCCACAAUUCACAAAAUCCAUGAAAUUUGCAAAAAUGAUGUUAACUAUACUCACCAAAUAUAACAGUCAUGUGACUUCUCUCUGCAAGCAUUCUCUGUCCUGCUGCCUCACUACAAAUGAGACCUUCCUCAAGAAGUCCCUUCAAGCUGCUUUGAAAAAAAUCACGCCUUAGCUUUUCCAAGGUGUGUGUGUGUGUGCGCGCGCACGCAUUAAAAAACAUACUCUGCCUUGGCUCCAGUCAAAGUGGAUGUGGCUGAAGCUGCUAUGGAGUUAGUUUCCUUUCCCUCGGUUCCCUGCAGUGGUGCUGAGACUUGAGUCCUUACCUCUAGCUUGUCUCAUAUUCCAACUCUAUCUUAGAGAAAAUAAAGCUCAUC